AGUGCUGUUGGUCACAAAACAGUUAAAGUUAGAAACAGAGAGAAAACUGAGCAGAGGAGCUGAGUGAAGCUUCAUCUGCAUUAAAUACAAUCGAGGGAGAAAAACCUCAGAAGGGAGAAUCUCUGGGAGGUAACUGGAGACGCUGGAAGGAGACAGACUGUACAGCUGAGCAUGAAGAAGCUCCUUGGUGUCACCUUCUGUCUCUGCUCAGUUGGAUGCUGGGUGGCGUCAGGUGUGAUCACAGUGUCUGGAUAUGAAAGACAGUCGGUCAAUAUUGAAUGUUCUCAUAGUAACGCAGGAACCAACUUGAAGUAUUUCUGUGGGAGCCAAUGUGACUAUAAAGACAUUCUCGUUAAGACUGAAAAUGGUCGUCCAAACAAGAUGAAUGGGAGGUUCUCCCUGCAUGAUCAUGGAUCAGGAACCUUCACUGUAACCAUCACUGGACUGAGGAAGACCGACACUGGGACAUACUGGUGUGGAGUAGAGCGAGCAGGCGCUGACACCUACACAGAGGUGCACCUCACAGUGAUAGAAGCUCCUACCACAACUCCUACCACCACAACUACCACCACAACUACCACCACAACUACCACCACUCGCAAAACUACCCCCUCUACUGCACGUCUCUCCACAGCGCCCCCACCUGGCACCACUGUGUAUAAUCAGGAGACACAGCCUACAGAUCAGCUGGUUUACAUCUCUGUGGGUCUGGGUGUCGGAGCCCUGGUGUUUGGCUUGAUUGUGGCUGCAAUUAUCAAGGUACGACUCAAUGCCGGGAAAUCAGAGGAAACCAUCUCCUGCAGCAUGCAGAAUCCCAGCAUGGCACCCACAGGCACUGGAAGACGAGAAACGAGGGUGGAUGACUAUGACGUGACGUUCCAGCAGCCAGCUGCAGAUACUGUUGUAAACCUACACAAAGGCCCUAACC